UGAAAUUUGGGUAGAGCAGACCACAAAGCAAGGGGCUGGCUCAGUCUUCCUCCCUGGCUACCCUAGCUCCCCCCUUUUUAGUAGGACCCACAGCACCGGUGCAGAGGAGAACUGGAUGAAAGAGACCCUGAAGUUGGCCCAAGGAGAAUGACCCCCGACUGGCACAGCUCCUUGAUCCUCACAGCCUACAUCCUCAUCUUCCUCACUGGGCUCCCUGCCAACUUGUUGGCCCUGCGGGCCUUCGUGAGCCGGGUCCGCCAGCCCCAGCCUGCCCCCGUGCACAUCCUCCUGCUUAAUCUGACCCUGGCCGACUUGCUGCUGUUGCUGCUGCUGCCCUUCCGGAUCAUAGAAGCGGCGUCUAACUUUCGCUGGUACCUGCCAAAGAUCGUGUGCGCGCUCACGGGCUUCGGCUUCUACAGCAGCAUCUAUUGCAGCACGUGGCUGCUGGCGGGCAUCAGCAUGGAGCGGUACCUGGGAGUGGCCUUCCCCGUGCAGUACAAGUUAUCCCGCCGGCCCCUGUAUGGAGUGAUUGCUGCCCUGGUGGCCUGGAUCAUGUCCUUCGGCCACUGCACCAUCGUCAUUAUCGUUCAGUACCUGAACUCAACGCAGCCGGUGGGCACUGGGAACCAAAUAACUUGCUACGAGAACUUCACCCAAGAACAGCUGGAUGUAGUGCUCCCUGUGCGAUUGGAGCUAUGCCUGGUCCUCUUCUUCGUUCCCAUGGCCGUCACCAUCUUCUGCUACUGGCGCUUCGUGUGGAUCAUGCUCACGCAGCCCCACGUAGGGGUUCAGAGGAGACGCCGGGCAGUAGGCCUAGCUGUGGUGACGCUUCUUAAUUUUCUGGUGUGCUUCGGACCUUACAAUGUGUCCCACUUGGUGGGGUUCUACUUGCGGCAGAGCCCUCCGUGGCGGGUGGAGGCUGUGGUGUUCAGCUCCCUCAAUGCCAGCCUGGACCCGCUGCUCUUUUAUUUCUCUUCCUCUGUGGUGCGCAGGGCUUUUGGGAAAAGUUUGCUGCUGUUGCGCAACCCCGGCUCCUCGGUGCUGGGCAGAGGAGCCAAAGAGACAGUGGAGGGGGCCAGGAUGGACAGGGGUGGGGGUCAAGCAGAUGGGGUGCCCAGCUCUGAUUUCGUCACUGAGUAGAGAGUUGGCCCUGAUCUUCCCUAGCCUCUGGGUCACGCAGAAAUUGGACUGAUUAGCAGAUCACUUGGAACUCAGUGAAAGAUAAAAAAUAGAAAAUAAAGACAUCCCCGACCCUGCCUGGCCACCCUCUCAGCUUGCAUAAUUGCGUGACUGAAUUUUCCUGCUCCAGGAUACAAGAAGAAACGGCUACAGCCCGAAAACACAGUGGGGCCAGGGUCUCAGAAGCCAGGUGGCUAAGAGGAGUUUAAAGGGAAUUUUCCUUCAAGCUUGGAAACGCCGCCCAGAGACAGUGGUCUGGCUCACAAUGCUACAAAGAAGCCUGUGAAAAAAGACUGGGGGAACACUGUGGGAAGAACAGAAGGCCCAGAAAGGCUCUGAGCCUCCCGCCACAGGAGGGACUGACUAGCAGGGCAGACCGGGCUCCGAUUUCUGGUGAGCUUGGUCUCUCUCUAGCCGUUUGAGCUAUCCCUUUGUAAGUGUGCUCUGUUGAUUGUCACAUUUCAGCCUUGUCUCCACCAUUAAGCUGGGUUCUGGGUUGCACAUCUGUCCUCAGUGUCACCCCACCCAGGCUAGGAUGUGUCUUGGUACCCAUCUGUCUGACAUUGCACUGACCGGCAUGAGAGGACCAAAACAAACAAACAAACAAACAAACAAAAUGAAACAAAAACCAGUCUGGCUUGGCAGGUUGAAAAUAAAGAUUA